AUGGCGCAGCAGACGGGGGGAAACAUUGUUGGUGCUGGGUCACGAUCAAGUCCACUGGCCUUGUCGCCAUCUGAUCAUGCAUAUGAGCCUAACAGAGGGUUGUUGCAUGAUUUACCUGUGAGGCCGCAGACAGUUGCCUGGGAUGGAGGUCCCACAAAGAUGCUUCCUUCUUUAGCUGCACCUAGCCUGUCUCCAUCGCAUGUGCAUACCGAUGGAAGGGGUGGCUACGGCUCGUACCCAACAGUUGGCCAGGCGUUACUCCCGGUCGCCGACCAGGUUCACUUGCCAACUGGAACGAUAUCAGAAUUCAACCGCAGCCCACUCAUGUUUGGUGACAUAGACUCUGGGGCUGCCUUCCUUGAUAUGUUGCUGGGUCUCCCCGGUGGCCAAGAGACGGGAACGACAAGUGCCAAUACCGAAAAAUUAGCUAUACCUUGGACCGAGAAUGGAACUUCGCAUCCGCUGACUAUUAGUCCCCCAGUUGAAGGCGGAUCAAGGAGCUAUCCUGCUCAUAUCUGUCAGAACGUGAAAAAGGUCCAAAACUUCUGGUCGACACCGCAACGCCUUACGGCCGAGACGCAGAUCUGGUACGAAAUAAUAUCGGGGUCAUCAGACAAUAUCUUUUCAAGACAUGACUAUGGGCCAUGCACGGAAUCGCCGCAACAGGCACAGCACGCUGGACAUGCCGAGAUCUGCUUAAACCAUGAAAUUAGGUCACAACUUCAAAAUUUGAAACGAAGUCUGCUUAAGAGACAAUGCCACUGUUCUAGCAGUGAUGGCCAAAUCACUGACACAUGCGAUGAACAUUAUUUCUGUGAAAACUUUAAUGGCAUCUUUGAACAAGGCCUUUAUCUUUAUUUAGAUAAAUAUCAACCUACGUAUCCUAUACUGCACGUCCCUACUUUCAAACCGCAGACCGUCCACACACUUCUGCUGUUUACUAUGUGCAUCAUUGGCCUGUCGUUUGUCAAGACAGAGGAGGCAGUGCGGUUUAUUUAUCACAUAUACCCGGCACUCUUAGAUGAAGUUUAUAUACGCGUUAUAUCCACGACUCCCAAUGUCUCCAAACCAUCGGCGAUGUUAAGUCACCUUACAUUAGCACAUCACAUGUUAUUUCUACUCGUCGUGACAGAGGGCAACAUUUGUCCAACUAAGUCGCAGAUGCUGUAUGGAUACACUCUAACGGCAGCCCAAAAUCUCGGCCUGUUUCAUUUAGACGUUGGACAAAUCUCAGCCUCUCUCUUCUCAACUACCACCGAUGACCAUAUCCGAUGGAAAUUAUGGAGUCGAAUAGAGUCAAUAAAAAACUUAAUCAUCGGUCUCAUCCUCUACGACACAUCCUUGGCCGGAAUAUUCUCAAUGAGCCCUGUCAUCUCAACAAGUACACUCCACGUCGCCCUUCCAUGCGACUUCGCCCUCUACCGUGCCCAAUCCACACACAACUGGAUAGCCUUACUCCAAAAAGGCUCCAAUAUCACCACCCCGACAGUAAAACUAUCACACAACGACUUCUACCUCCCAACCCUCCCCCACCAAGUCCACAUCUCAUGCCUCUACGGAAUAAUGUCCGCCAUUCUCGUCCGCCUAACAGCAAACUACCACCGACUCAUCAUCGGCUCCGACCUCAGCCAAGCAGAUUGGCACCAACACAUACCCUGGCGGAUCUACAACCUCGAUAAACGCGCAACUUCAAUAACUAAUGUGGUUAUACAUUUCAUCCAACUUUACGAUACCAUCCUAGCUAAAUCAAACCCAAACUGCAUCGUUAUCUGGCAUAAUCUAUGUCUCCUCUUAACAGCCGACAUCCGUCUCCAUGAACGUGCUGCCGGCCGAGAAGGUCCCGAGGCUAUGCAAACCGCCCGACGGGCCAUCAGUCUUUGGGCAAAGACUCCCGCUGCACGUCGGGCGUGUCUACAUGCCGCCCAGAUUUUUCAUACCCUUUCGAAUUGGAAGCCGAUGGAUGGUAUGGGAUUCCAGCCUGCGCGGUGUUUGUUGAAUUCUGCGCUUGUUCUUGCGUUGUAUACAUUGGUUAGUCCGGCUGGAGUUACGGAGACGAGACACACGAAUACGUUCGAUCUCGCCACGGCUGAUAUUGAUUGGAAGGUUGUAGGUGACGAGGGCAUGACUGAUAGUGUUUCUGGGGAAGGUCAACCUCAACAGUCAAGGACGGAUGAUCCUGCUGUCAACUUUAUUCGCUUUGGGGGCCCGGUUGUUUUAUGCGGGAAAACGUAUUUCGGGGGCGCUAGUUAUGCGCGGAGACUUUUGUUGGAUUUUGCGAGUCUUUUGGAUGAGGUUGGCAGGCAUUGGAUGGCGAAAUAUCCGAGGCUUUUGUAUAUGAUUCAUGAUACCAUGGUGGAUGUGGAUAUUGGUGGUGAGAUGAGGGACAGAACUACUUGA